AUGGCAGCAGCAACGGCAGCUGAGCCGCUGCCGGCUACAGUUUCGUUGCAGCAGCUGGAACAACUGCUGCAGGAUGUGUGGGGGGCAGAAAGGGAGGCCAAAAACAAGGUAAUGCUGCUGCUACACCGAGGAGAGGAGCGGCUGCGGGAUAUGCAGCUCUCACUACAACAGCAGCAGCACCAGUCGAGGCAGGUAUGCCGGCAUGUGCAGCAGCUGCAAGAGGACCUCUUGGGAGCAUGCCUCACAAAGAAGCCCCUGGCUGUACGACUUCAGCAACGGGAACAGCAGCGAAUGCUGCUACGGGAGCAGUUGCGUUGUGCCCAGGAAGUUGAGGCGUGUCUGCUACAGAUUCAGGCGGUGCAGCAGGAGCUGGCUUCUUGCAGGGAGCUGGUGCGGAAGCAGGAACAUGCUGCUGCUGCGGCGGCCCUGCGGCGGUGUGCCUUGAAGCAGCUGCUGCCGCUGAUGACUUCAGCACGAGGAAGGCAGCAGCCUGCUGUUGUAGCGGAGCUCCAUCAGCAGUUUGCUAAGGUGUACAGGCACCUCGUAGAUGCCCUUGAUUUGCAACUGCAGCAGCACCUGAAGGUCUUCCCACAGAAAAUUGUUGUGACCCCUCUCAGCUACAAGGACAAAAGCGGGACCAGCGCUUGUUUCAGCAUAAGCAGCAACACGAAAGAAGCGCAUAACGGCUACGGGGACGUUGCAGUACCCGCAAUGACUACAUGGUACGAAACUCCAGCUUCAGAAGUGCUUACAGGAGUACCAGAAACGGCGGAAGGAAAAGUAGGAAACUCAGGUGCCAGUAAACCAGGAAUAGCAGAACAUGGUUGCUUGCGGCUGAGAGAUGUGUGGGAGGCAUUUGAUUGCCUCGGGCAACUGCGCCGCCGUCUGUACACCCUAACGCAGAGCAUCAGCACCACCACCCUGCAGCCGCUGUUCGCUGUUGCUGCUGUUGCUAGCAGCAGUAGUAACAACAACGAGCAGCUCAUAUUUGUCUCAGAGAAAAGUACUGCAGACAGGGGUGGGGGGUCCGCCGAGGCAAGCUGGGGCUGGACAGCAGGUCGAAAGGAGGGCCCCGCAGCAGCAGGAGGUGCAGCACGAACAGAUAUAGCAGCAGCUGCUGCUGCUGCUAUAACCCCGCAGGGUAUGCUGCUGGUUGUGCAGUCGUUGCUGCAGUUCCUGCUGCGGUACAUAGGAGACGGCCAUCACACCUGUCUCCGGACUUGGGGUCCUUUGCUGCAGCAGCAACUGCAGCAACCGCUGCAACAGGUGUUGCUCCAGCAGCCUGCCAAGAAGCCUUGGCUCCAGAUCAAACCAGAAGUAGCGACAACGACAGCAGCGGUGACAAGUGCUGUGGCAUUUCUUGCAGCUGCAGCAACUGCUGCUGGCAUUGUGCAAACUGACCUGUUCCUCCUGCAGCAGGGCUUGUUGCAGCAGGAGGAGGUGCUGCUACUGCCGCAGCAGCAGUGGAGUGAGGCUACUCGGCUGGUCUUGCAUUGGCUGAGCGAGGAGGACAGGCGGCGUCAGAUUGAGUUGCUGGGGACCGCACGACAGCUGCUGCAGCAGAUAGCAGCAGCAGAGGCUUCUCCCGUUGCUGCUUCUGAACAGGAGGUGGUACUAGCUACAGAGGAAGUUGUACACGGCGGCUUGGGCGAUCUGUUGCUGCCGCAAGGUCUCUCCGCUCAGCAGGAGCAACACCCGCAACAGCAGAAGUUUCACCGUUUACUGCUGCCUCAGUGCAUUGCUGAGGAAGCAGAUGUAUCUUUGGUGCAGCUCGCGCCACUGCGGAUUACGCGCCAGACGUGGCUUUUGCUUCAGUUGUUGCAGUCGUUGUUGCGGGCAGCAGCAGCUGCUGCUGCCACCUGCACCUGCAGCAGCAGCAGCACCGUCGGGGGCUGCGGCGUCAGUGCAGUGCCCUGUUGGUGCAGCAACAGGCGGGAGUUAUCCCGUUGUUGCUGCUUCAGCAGUAGCUGCUGCGGUAGCCGCAUAUCACUCCGUGCAGAAGUUGCUGCCAUCAUAUCGAUAGCGGAUUUGUUUUUGCUUCUGCGACCUUUGGGGCCUUCAUUGGUGCCCCAAGCAGCAAUGUCAGCUACAGCAGCAAGUGCUGCUGCGGCGUCAACUGCGGAUUCGCCGAUUGAGGCUGUUGCUGCAUUUGUUGCUGCAGGGCAGCAGCACAUGAGGGCCCUCGCCUUACGAUGGACAGACAUUGAAGUCCUAUCGCGCUGGAUGAUGAGAUUACCCGUGCUACUUUCCGCUGCUGCUACCGCUGCCAGCACAGGCUCCUACGAGAACUGCUCAUGCAGCAGCGGAAGCAGGAGCAGGUGCUGCACUUGUCCCAGUGCUGCAGCACGACGCGCCUUCACGGUGUGGGGAGACGCAUUGCUCCUCUUUGACUCUCGGGCUGCUCCUGCUGCUACAUCACUAGGUGCAGUAGCAGGGCAGAAUGAGCAGCACCAGGGCACGGCGCCUUUCCGCCAACAGCUCACGGAAAUUGUUGUUGCGCUGAAGCGGCAGCAAGAGGAAUCAUAUGUUUGCUUGGUUUCGGUCCUGCAGCAAGGACUCCAGCAAGCAGCAAAGGAGCUCAGCCAAACCCUUACAGCCGCUGGCAACAGCAGCAGUAGCAGCGUGGAGAUUCAUUUGGAAGCGGCUGCUGGGGACCUCACGAAGCGCCUACACAGCGCAGCCCUCGAUCUACUGCCUAUAUUGCCUUUGCAGGCGUACGCGGAGGUUGUGGGACUUGCAGCAGAUUGUCUGCUAGACUGCGUGCUGCGGGCCAUUGCAGCUGUUGCUGAUGCUGCAGCAGCAGGUGUCACUACACCGGAAGCAGCAGCUGCCGCUGCUGGGAGCAGCACAUCUCGAACCGUAGCACUGCGCAUGGGGCCCAUUUGUGGCAGGCUUUUGAAUCGUGUUUGCACGCAGGUAAAAGCCACGUUGAUGCUGCACCUCUCACAUACGCAUUUGCGGCCCGAAGCAGCAAAUGCUGCGGUUGCUGGGCCUGGUGCUGCCCAUGGGCAAGCGCUGACUAGUCUUCUGUCGGGUGGAGAGGCUUCAGAUGCUUCAGACGGAAGUAGUGAACAGCAACAACAGCAGGCAUGGAGCCGGCAUAGCAUCGAAAAUCUUCCCACAUCCGCGGGGGUAGUUGCUUCAUCUACAGUUGUUCGCAUUGAGGAGCUUGCACCGCUACUGCAGGUUGCUUCUGCAGUCCAGCACCUGCUUGAGGCGGACGUGCUGCUGCUACAGCAGCUCGCAGGCACAUAUGCGUCACUACUGCAGCAGACCUUUGGCCGAAUAGAGCAGAGGCUAGCUAUUAUAUCUCUUAACCCCUACAUUGGAGGGGCCCCCCUAAGGUACCGUAAGGAAGUCUUCUGCGGUUUCACUGCGAACCCUUGA